AUGUAUGCCUCCAAGGUUGUCGCUUCCCUUGGUCUUUUCCUCGGCUUAGCCACUGCUGCUAUUAACCUUGGCAAAGACUCUGCUGGCGACACUGUCCUCUCGACACCGGCGACACCAGAGGAGAUCGCUCAAAUCACUCAAUGGUCCAAAGAGGACAACAAGGCUAUGGUGAUGAUCAUGUCCGCAGUCCACACUGACAUUGUUAUGUUGGUGACAACCGCAGCAUCCGCAUACCAAGCGUGGAAGACCUUCACACUCAACAAGGGCUUCACUUACUACCUCGCAGGCUGUGGCGGUGGCGGAUUGAGCCUGUUCAACAAUGACAACUCUUUCAACAGUAACUGCCAGUUCCAGCCGCAAAGCCUUCAGUGCGGCGUGAAAGAGCAGUGGUCCUGCUUCUAA